AUGGACAAGACAACGAGUUCAGCUACGGGACUUCCUAGCUUCACCAGGCUUCUGUGCUUCAACUGCGGAGAAGAUACAACGGGAAACGGUUCAGCUUUCGAGUCAGCUUUCGGUUCGGACAUCAAGAAGAUACGAGGUCAAGCCAGGACGAACGAGCUCCGACUGAGGAAGACAAGACGUCAACUCGAGCAGAAGCACGACGACGACACCGACAUCAGCGGAGACGGUCAGGCAGCCUUCGAGGCACUAAACUUAAACUACAACAAAGUGACGGACGAAGUGAUUAGAGCAACCAUGGAGGAGCUGAUCAACACGCCCAUGGAAACCGGACAGACCCCGGACGUCUACUUCAACCAGAAGCACCUCCUACGACACAAGGCUGAGGAGAUGGGGAAAACGAUCUUGGACCGCUCCUUCAGGGACAUAUGCGUCACCGGCUUCACCGACGAGGAGAAGAACGUCAAGAUGAUCAUGUACCGCGACCCAGAUUUCAAAGUCGACAAGAUGCAAACCACCAUGCGUCUCAUGUUCCUUGACGAGUAA